CCCGAUCCUCCAGGGGGCGGCAUGUCGCAUGAGCUCCGCGUCACGAUGGUUUUGAGCACGUGAAGAAGGCAAAGCUCCCUCAAGUUGUUCUGCCAACGUUGUUUUAUUUUUUGCUCCUCGAAAGUUUGCAAGUCGUCCGUCCAAAUGAACCAAAAUCAACUCGGCGUUUAGACGCUUGUCAACGUCAUGGAAGGCAAGAAAGCGCUUUUGAGCGUCCCCGCUUACGGCCACGUCGUCGCCAGCGAGAAGUGGAGGGACUCGUCGCUUGUUCAAAGCUUGAAAGGUGGGGGCGCCAGCGUCCUGUUCGAGAGCGAGCCGGGCGCGGCCGACUUCCUGCUCCCCGACGACAGCCGCGUCCUCUACCUGUCCGAGAGCGACGUCGUCGUCGCCGGCGGCGCCUACGAGCGGAAGCUGCUCUCUUUCAGGACGGCCCGCGGGAGCUUCCGGAGGCUGGUCCUGGUGGAGAACACCCGUCUGGUCCGGCGAGACUUCUGGGCCGUGCAAAAGUCGGCGGCGUUGGAGCUGGGCCUGUCGCUGCUGCCGGUGGGCGGGCAGACGGAAGCCUCGCGCCUCCUCCUGCAAAUGGUUCACGCGGACGGCAAGGAGAACCCCUUAAGAAGAAGGAGGGUCCGGUCCGGAACGCUGGACGCGCCGGUCUUGGGCGCGGUGCGGCAGGUUCCCGGGGUGGGCCGGGUCAAAGCUUUGGCCCUGCUGGAGCGCUUCCCCAGCAUCCGCCAGCUGUGCAACGCCGACGUGGCCGAGCUGGAAGCCGCGGUGGGCCGGGCCGCCGCGCCGAGCAUCCGCGGGUUCUUCCGCGAGCGCCGGCGGCGGCACGACGACGACGGCGGAUUUGAAGAACGGGGUCGGGCUCCGGAUCCCGGCUACGAAAUGAGGCGCUCUCCUGAUGCUUGAAAACUUCUCACUACUUGGUACUCGUCUGCCGGAAAGUAAACUUCCCGGGUACUUGAAAAGUAGAUUUCACUUCAAGAAGAAAUCAACUCCUGAUGACCUCUUGGUUUUCUCAAUGAGGGGAAUAGUCCAAGCGCUCCUGAGUCCCCAGCACCGCAAUGUCUUUUGUAGAAUUUUUCCACUUCAUCCUGCGGGCCGCAUUGUGGUCCCUAGAGGCCCGUUUUUGGGCCGUGACCCACAGUUUUUCAACCACUGUAAAGUACUUUCAUGAUGGGGUUUUUUUUUUUUUAUUUUUAUUUUUUUUUUUACACUUAGAGGAGUAUUGCAACUUUUACUGGAAGUUUUUUCUCAAUGAUUAUGACAGCUGAGAUUGUGUUAUUUGCUCAUGUUUAUUUUUGUUGAUGAUGAGGCCGAACGACGUCGUCAGAACUUCAUAAAUGUUGGACGAGCUUUCCUGUCACUGCUCGCUCGACUGUUCCUCUUCAAAGUGACUUAAAACGUGUCCCUGUGAGCACAAAUAAAGAUUGAGA